AUGGUUGCCGAAAUCAUACCGCCCUCUCUCGCUAGAAGCAGUCGUCGCCAACCGAAUCUCAGCCCUAGUCGAGAAACACCAGCUACUACCGAAUCAUUUGGAGGUCGUCGGAGGCGGUCAUGCAUACACGAUAAGUGGCGCGAGGGCACCCUCAGUCUGGUAAGCUUUGAUGUCAAGGGCCCCUAUAACGGUGGGAUCGGACCAUCCUUUUGUGGAGGUUGGAAGAUCGAAGAAUCCCGAAGGUCCUAA